AUGGAGAAUAAUGGAAAGGGCAAAGAAGGCACAUCAAAGAAUGAAAGUGUCUUUCCAAAGAAAGAUAAGAAGUCAGUGAAGGCAAUGGCUAUUGAAAUGAUAGGCAAAACUGUGAGCAGGACAGAGCUCAAUUUGCAAAUUCUCAUGAAAUCAAAAAUGCUAAGUGUGAAUCAGGCUUAUGCUUUAAUUGUGCAGGAUGAGAGUCAAAAACUAGCAGCUAUCAGUAAUUACACUCAUCAUGAAGAAGUAUCAACUGUUUUUUUUACUUCUAGGAGUUCUGGAUCUAAAAAGAAGAACUGGAAUUCUGUAUGUGAAUUUUGUCACAUGAAAGGGCAUGUGAAGAAUGACUGUUACAAGCUCAUGAAGUGCGAUCACUAUGGAAAGACAGGACACCUGAUUGAAAAAUGCUUUCAAUUGAUAGGCUAUCCAGCAGACUUCAAGCUUAAGGGGAAGAAUGCUCAGGCCAGUUUUGUGAAUUCACAACAGGAAGUGCAGGAAAGUCAGAUGGUAAUUUCUGGAGAUAAAUACAAAAAAAUUCUUCUAUGGAAACAAACAAGGGACAUAACCUCACCAUCAGGAACUAAUGCUAGCACAAAUAUGACAGGUAGUGCAGGGAAUGUACAAUUGCCUACUGGAAACUUUGCUCAGAUCAGUCAUAUUGGGAAUUACCCAUUGUCAGGAGGUGAUCUUCUUAGAGAUGGCCUCUGUGUGCCAUCUUUUAGAUUCAACCUUAUGUUUGUUUCUAAGAUACCGCUUCUUUUCAGUUGCAACACUGUGAUGUUUGUCCUAUAUCUAGACAAACAAGAUUACCAUCCUGUUAGUAGUAGUAGAUCUAUAGAUGCUUUUCACUUGCUUCACUUGGAUGUUAUGGAACUUAUCAGAUAUCCGUUGUACAAUUUGGAGACAAAAUCAUGUUUCAUAAGCAGAGAUGUUGUGUUCUAUGAAGAUAUAUUUCCAUUUGCUCAGUCAUCUUCAGCUGCUGAGGAUCCAGUUAUGUCACUCUCUUCCCCUAUAUACAGUUCUCAGCCUAUUCCUAAUUCUGUAGAUCAUGAGGUUACCACUGAUAGUGCAAUUGGACAAGAUGAUGUUGAUAGUCCUCAUGUUGAAGUAAAUGUUAUACCACAUGAUAUUGCUGAGGCAGAAUCUUCAGUAAUUAGAAAUGAUGUUGUAGAUAAUGUCAUCCCAACACCACUAAGGAAAUACAAUAGACAACAUAAACCUCCUACUUGGUUGCAAGACUAUGUGGGCAGACCACCAGGGGCAUAUGCUUGUGUUUGUCCUAUAUCUGAUGUUCUUGGGUACUCUAACUUGAGUCCUAAAUAUCAAGCUUAUAUUGCUAAGAUAUCUGUUGAUUGUGAGCCUAGCAAUUUCAAGGAAGUUGUUAAGGAUCGUAGAUGGAUAGAAGCUAUGCAAUCAGAGAUACAAGCACUAGAGGACAAUUGCACUUGGACUGUUGUAGACCUACCACGAGGAAAAAGGGCUAUUGGAUGUAAAUGA